AAUAUUUGAAUUCAAAGCUCAUAUAAUUCAAGAAGUAUAUAUAAUUUUAGUGUCACAAAUUAUAGGGUUCAACUUAUCUCAGUGGUCGACCUGAUAUAAUAGAGAAUUAUAUGAUUGUUUCAUUAUAAGCGUAAAUGUUUAUGCUUGCUUAUUUGUGAUUUGAAUUAAUGCUCUAAAAAGGUGAAUUAAUGAAGGAUAAAUAUUCUACGAUCGAAAAGGCUUAUGUUCUAUUUCAGUAGAAUCUACAACACUGAAUUUUAGACAAAUGCAUCAAUUUUUUUCCAACCUUUAGGAUUAUCUUUCCUUUUAUGAAAAGUAACCUAUGUUAUAUUGGGAUUACAUCGGUGAAGCAACAGCUUUAACUAGAUGCAUAAUUCUGACUUCAAAAAAUGAUAGAUUUUUAUUUCAAUACUCUCGUUUUGUGUCAGACAUGAUGUAAAUAUAUAAAGCAAAAUAUAUCUUAGAAUAUUGACACUCUUUUCCCACAGGGGUUGAAAGCAGCACAGAACUCCUUAUAUAUAUCAGGAAAUCUCAUAUUAUUUACCUAUAUAGCGAAGGAACUUUAAGCACUUCAUCGACACUGAGUAUGCUGAGAACAUUGUGAGUACAUCAAAGAUUUCAUUAACCUUGAGUGGGCAUGAACGAAAUCUCUAUUUUUAUAUUUUCUUUAAAACUAUAAGUCGUUUAUAAAGAAAAUAGCUUUCAAUUGUUACACUCCGAUGCAUUCCGUUAUAUAUGUUCAGUUCAAUUUGAUAAAGGACAAGUUCGAUCCUUUUUUUUUAAUUAUGUAUUCGAUAAUUUUGUAAUGGUGAUAGUACAGGUAGGGUUUCUGAUACAAAAUUAGCCUCUUUGUUGUGUCUGUAAUAUUUUCUGAUUCAUGCUGGUAUUCAAGAGGGUAUUAGGUUCCACAGUAUAGGAUAAUUGCUGUAUUUUAUAGGGUUUUGAAAGGUCCAAAGGAUAUCUACUUACUGGUUUAUCACAAACAUAAACAUAGAAAAUAUGUAUAGUAUCAACGAUGCAUAUGAGAGCGAGAUAAGUGACUUUCUAAUGGACUCAUACCAACUAAGAGAAGAGAACACGUUUUUGAAACAUUCAUUGGAAAGGUUGAGUGAUGAACUGCAAAGGCACAUAAUAACCUCUCAAAAUGAAAAUAAAGCUUUGGUAAGUGAGAUCACUCGUCUCCAAAACGCUAUUGAACAAGUAAAACUUCUUAUUGAGAAUCAUGAAAAGGAGCUUGAGCAACAUCAUUUAAGACAUAAAAAUACCGAUCAAGUACGUCUUGAAGCCAAUUUACCUAUACAUACGCAAUCGGGCGUAGAGCCUCUGUACUCAAUAACUAUGGAAGAGUAUAAUUCGAUGAAGAUACGCGUACAAAGGGCACAAGAGGCUUUGGAUAUACAAGAGUCAAAUUUACAUGAACUGACUCAAUAUCUCCAUCAUUUCGAUGAGGAAUUAACACAGCGCUCGAUUCAGUUGGUUAAUUUUAAUGGGGAUAUAGGACAGGAAAAGAACGAUCAACAAAAAAGCAGUGAAACCUUAAAAAAAAGAUUAGUAAAACUUUUAUAUGUAUGGAACUCAAUGAAAUUAGAAAAUGCUGCGAUUAAGGCAUUGCUAAAUACAGGUGAACUUGAGGCUUUCCGUGUGAGACGUAGCACUGUGAUUGCAAUUCGUCAGCGCGAGCCGAUAUUGCUGCAUGUGUCCGAUAAAGCUUUAUCAGUUGAAGAUGCGGCACUUACGCCAGUAAAUCCCACGAUAAUAGUAUCGGAGCCACUAUUUGUCGCCACCGCUGAGGAACUUCUUGAGUCUCGCCAAUGUGCAGUUGAACUUUCAGAGAGAUUGAAAUUGGAAGAAUCAAAAAGGGAGUCUCUUUUUCAUCAUUUGGAGGAAUAUAAGUCAAAGCAUACCGACAUCUUGAAUCAGCUUGAAGAAGCACAUAUGCUGCUUGAGGAGGCUCGAUGUAAUGCCGAGAAUGCUCAGCAAAAAGAGAUGUUUACGAUGAUUAUGUUAAGCACUAAAACUACGGAAUAUGAAGACGAUAAAGCUGCUCUUAAUGAAAGAAUUUUUGAUUUAGAAUCAUCAUUGGAACAGCAAAAGGAGGAAAUUAGAACCUUUUGGCUAAAAAGAUUUGAAGCCUUUAAAAUUCGUCAGAAGGAUUGUACAUUGAAAUGUGAGUACGAUAUCGAAGAGAUUGACAUUGAUAUGUUGGCACCUGUGCAAAUGUCUUUUCUUAAGUAUGAGCCACUUUUUUGUGUUACAUUGGAAGAGUUUGAUGAGCUACGCGAUGCAAAUGCGGUUAUGGUAGAGAAGCUCGCGAAGAUGAGUUCCAUCAUUCAAAAUGCAUUUAUAUCUUCUACUAACAGACUGGAUGUUGACAAAGAAGAAAUGUUGAAACUCGAAGAUUUGUUACAUGAACUAACUGAUAAAAGGAAGAAAUAUGAAGAAACUCAACUUUUAUUAACUGAAAAAGAAACAGAACUUGAGAGAGUUCGUAUUUUUUUCACAACUGAAAGUGAGUACAGGAAAGAAGAAUUAAUAAAAGCCCAAACUGAGGUUGAGUUGCUCCAACAAGACUUAGGUGUUAUAUCCAGUAAAAUGGAAGAUGCUAUGCAUAUUUUCGGCAUUACAGAUGAAGUUAUUACUGAGGCAAUGUCUAAUCCUGAAAGGACCAUUGGAGCGUUUGUUAUAUCUAAUGAAGCUGAGCGUGGCGCGGCGGUUCAGUUGGAGACAAAUGAAAAUCAAUUCCUUCAUUCACAACAGAUUUUGAGUAGUAAUUCUCAGAAUAGUAGCAUACUUGAUAAAAUCAAUCGAAUGAUUGUAGAAAGAACUGCAAAGGAGGCUAAAUUGGAAAGUAUAUAUCUGGAUCUUGAACAAUCGCGUGGGGAAUUAAAAGCUGCAAAAGAAAAUACAGACUCAUGGGUACACAAGACGAUGACUUUAGAGAUGGAGUUGGAUGUCGUAAGCCGGCGUACAGAAGACCUUGUCAACGAAUUGAGGAAAAAGACCGAUCAGUACAAUCAGGUAAUUAGAGAUCUUAACGACUUUGCAGCAAAGCAAAGCUAUAAGUAUGAGAAGGAACUUAUUCAGCGCCUUGCUGCAUGUGAAUGUGAGCUCUUUGAGUACCAAGAAAUUCACAAAGAUGAAACUAAAAAGUCUGAAACGCAGAUUUCAAUACUUCAAGACCAGGUCAACCGUCUGAAACACUUGCUUGAACAUGAAGGCAUUGUGAAUGACGAACUAUGCAAAGAAGUUAGCCGUCUUCAGAAGAAUCUCAUCGAUGCCAGGGAAGACAUGUUGAAGAAGUUGGAAGAGAUCGACAUUCUGAAAGAGGAAAUGUUGUCUAUGGCAAACAUACACAAGGAAAAUAUACACGAAGUGGAUGAAGCGCUUGAGAAAAAGAAUAAGGAAGUUUCAGAUGCCCUUGAUAAACUAGAGGAGUUAACUGCGAUGCUGCAGGCUGCACGCGAAGGUGAGAAGAGUGCUUUGCACAUCCUAGCUGAGUCCGAUGCUGAAGUUUUUCGUUUACAAAGAGAAAUCGAUAUACUAAACAGAGUUCAAUCAAUUUCUAAUACCAAUACUGAUACAAAGAUGAUAUAG